AUGGCGGACGAUUACGAGGCUCGAACAAGUGCGCAAGGAGGAUUAAAUAUAAACAGAGAGAACUUCCUAAGCAAUGAUAAUUUUUUUGAUUUGGAUGAUGAAGACUUUCUUGAUAUGUAUCAGUUAACUGCUAGGCAAAGAUUAGUUCAUCAAUGGAAAAGGUCAGCUAAGAGGUUAUUAGAGGGUUUUAUUGUCCUUCCAUUUUGGAAGAAGGCAUUAUUUUUAGGGUUUGGGGCCACAACUGUGAGUACGACGUUACUGGUUUUAGUGUUUCACAAGCAGCUACUUGAUGCGAUUAUUAAGGUAUCGAACGAUUUGAAUUCGAGAUGGUACACACCUAUUGUGUUUUUCGUUCUGAUUUUUGGUGUUUCGUUUCCUCCUAUGAUUGGGUUUUCGUUGCUUUGUACGUCUGUUGGAUUAGUCUAUGGCAUUUCUUUUAAAGGAUGGCUAACUGUUGCGUUGGGUACUGUUAUUGGAUCAAUCGCAGCAUUUGUGGUGUUCAAGACGGUGCUUCGUUCUCAUGCGGAAAGGUUAGUUCGUUUAAACGAUAAGUUUGAGGCUUUGGCUUCUAUUUUACAGGAUCAUAACAGCUAUUGGAUCAUUGCACUUAUCCGGCUCUGUCCAUUCCCUUAUUCGUUAACAAACGGUGCCAUUGCAGGUGUAUAUGGUAUAUCUACACGUAACUUUUCUAUCGCUCAGGUUUUGACGACUCCGAAAUUGGUAAUGUAUCUAUUCAUUGGAUCUAGACUUAAGAGCAUUGGUGAAACGAAUUCCACCCUUACAAAGCUGUUUAAUAUACUAAGUAUUUUCACUGCAUUGGCAUUCCUAGCUCUGACAGCGUCAAUAUUGUAUUACAAGACGAAGUACAGGUAUUUGGAGUUACGGAGACGAGAUCCUCAGAGAUUCGAUCCCACCAAUUUCUGA